GGAUAGAAAAAAUUAUUUCGGUAUCGAUGAUGGAAUUGGUAAUUUGCUGGAACACCCCUAUUGCAUUGUAAAAAGAUAGUUUUUUUAAUAUUGGAGCUGGAGAUGCUCUAAUGAAUUUUUUGAAGGGGAUGUAGCUAAUGAACAUUAGUAGGUGGGUGAUGAAGCACAGGCACAUCACUCCCUAACUCUGCAAACUGCGCGUGCCGCGAUGUCUUACUUUUUACUGCUCAGGGCAGCGGCGGCGAUGGCGCCGUUCCGGCGAGCCCCCUUCGAACCCUAGCUAGCGUUGCCUCCCUCCCUCCGUGCCUCACCAUGACCCAUGUCGACCUUCCCUCCUCCACCCCCCGCUAGGAACCCCCUCGCCAGGGUGCGCCUCGACGACUUGGCGCCGUUCGACGGCGCCUCCACCCCAGCCUACGCGAGCGCCGUCGACGCCAUCGCCGAAUCCCUCACGCGCCACAGCGCCGCCACCGUCGAGCUACCCGCAGCUGACGCCGCUAUCGUCCGCUGCGGCCUCGAGUCCGCGCGCGCCUUCUUCCGCGCCCGCCCUGGUCUCUAUGUCUACCGCGCCGGGAGGGCUCUGGAUGAUGGAGAGUUGUCACCUGCUUGCAUGGUUGAUGCUUUCAGAUGUUUGGGUAAGGCAGCCCGUGCUGCUCUCUGUGCAAUAGCACGGAAUCUUCGCUUACGUUCAGAUGCUUUCAGCCAUUUGCUCGAUGACAAUCCAUUGCCUCUUAAUGAGGUUUCAGCCUCAGAAUUGCUGGUGUCAUUUUCACAUAGACACCUCCAAAGUGGCCAAUCUCCUAUACUGAGCCACAGGUCAUCAAUGGCUGAAGUUGAUAGGGGUUUUGUUACACUGGUUGCCUCCGACCAUCCAGGAAUUGAGGUUUGCGAUCCAAAUGGUCAUUGGUACCUAGCAGAUGGGGCCUCAGGCCCUAAUGACCUAUUGCUUUUGACUGGAAGAGCCUUGAGUCAUGUUACUGCUGGUCUACGGCUAAAUUCUCAGUACAGGACCACUAAUAAUGGAAACAGGGCAUCACUCAUUUUUAGGCUAAUGCCUGGUGCCAAGGCUAUAUUGGACUGCUCUCCAAUUUCAGCUGCUGGGCAUUGCAUACCACAGAUGUACCAGCCCAUAUCUGCAAGCCAAUUUAUGGAUGAUUUGCAGGCUGAAGAGCAUACUGUUUCCCUUCACUUGGAAGCACCUUCUGAAUCACAGGGAAACUUUGUUAAUGAACCAUCUCUCAGAAGUGUACUCUCAGACCCUUUGUCUGGUGCUUUUCUUGAAGAUGCUAUGGUUCUCUCGUGUGGGCACUCUUUUGGUGGCCUCAUGCUGAAGAAAGUUCUUGAAAUGGCAAGGUGCAGUAUUUGCUAUGGAGAAGUUGAUGUGGCCUCCUUAUUUCCUAACCUUGCUCUAAGAGCAGUAGCUACAGUGGUGAAGAUGGAAGACGAUAGGAGGCUGUUUCAUAAUUCCGCCCUUCGAAAGCGCAGGAAAGAAGUGACUGAGAAUAUGGACGCACAAAGGCGAAAUGGAAGCAGCAAGGAGAAUAGUGAGGUGGGAUUAGAUGCUGAAAGCUCCAGAGCAUUGAAGGGGGUGCAGUACCCAUUUGCCGUGGGGGAGAGAGUCCUGAUCAUGGGAAACAAAAGGACGCCUGAUAAAUUUGUUGGGAAGGAGGCAGUGAUCACAUCACAGUGCCUGAAUGGCUGGUGUGCAGGUACCUAGUGAAGGCAGUUGAUAGUGGAGAAAGCGUACGGCUGCAGUACAGGUCGCUGAAGAAAGCGGGGGAGCCGCAGAUGCAAGCGCAAGCGCAGCCAGAGAUGAGAUCGCAGCAGGCCCUGGCAUUCCUGCAGAAAAAACAAUGACAUGGCCCGGCAAUCCAACAUUCUGUUUUUGUUGUAGCCAUCGUGUCCGUCCAAUUCAAAGGAAAAAGGAGAAUGGAUGUAGUGUAGAUUCAGAGUCUUGUGCGUAACCUGAUGCUUUGCUCCAUGUUCCUUGUUUGUUUUGGGUUCCAUCCCAUCUCACAAAUUCAGAUUUGCUAACCAAGUCAGUACAAUGUUUGGAUGGAUGA